AAUAGGAGAGCGGCUUGAGAGCUUGACAGAAGGAACAGAAGUAUACGAGAGCUGCAAGGUAUUACUGAGUACAGCCAGUGCAGCAAUCUGCACCAAAACCAGCUCAGGGCACCUGUAAAACAUGUCUUGUUGGGCACGUACCAGUGAGGAGAAGUAUGGAGUGGCGAUUUGGAAUUUCAAAGGGACCGGCGAAAAUCACCUCCCCCUGCAGAUUGGGGACACUGUGCAUAUCCUGGAGCUCAAAGAAGGUUGGUACAGAGGAUACACACUGAAAAACACUUCAGUCUGGGGCAUAUUCCCCAUAUCCUUUAUCAAAGUGAAGAAAGCCAGAGUGGAGAUGAGAGACGGUCGAGAGACGAUCGUAUCGUCUGAGUUACCGAUGGUGCAGGAGAUCACCACCACCCUGAGGGAGUGGGCCCACAACUGGAGACAGGUCUACUUGGAGGGUGGGAAGGCUCUGUUCUUGCGAUUGGGUCAUAUGAUGCAUGAGUUGAUGGAGAGGAGGUCUCAGCUUCUCUCAGGGACCCUGCCGAAGGACAAGUUGCAGGAGCUGAAGCAGCAGGUCACCUCCAAGAUGGACUAUGGGAACAAGAUCCUGACGCUGGACCUGGUGGUGCGCGAUGAUGAGGGCAACAUCCUGGAUCCAGAAAGCACCAGCGUGGUCAGCCUGUUUCAAGCCCACUGCAAGACCACCUCCCGUAUCAUACAGCGAAUUAAUGAGGAAUCUUGCAGUGAUCAGAGUGGGAUAAACCAGACAGACAUUUUCUCUAGCUCCCCCACGCACAGCCUCUACGUCUGUGUUCGAAACUUCGUGUGCAAGCUGGGAGAGGAGGCUGAGCUCUUCAUGUCUCUGUACGAUCCUGCCGAGCAGAAGAUAAUCAGUGAGAACUUCCUUGUUCGCUGGGCACACACCGGCCUGCCAAAGGACAUUGAAAAACUAAACAACCUCAAAGUCAUUUUCACUGAUCUGGGGAGGAAGGAGCUGAGCCGGGAGAAGCUGCUCCUGGUGUGCCAGAUUGUCCGAGUGGGAAGGAUGGAUCUGAAGGAAGCAAAUGUCCGGAAAGCUACCAUGGGCUUGCGGAGGCCUCUUGGAGUCUCAGUGAUGGAUGUGACGGAGAUCAUUAAAGGGAAGAUGGAGAGUGACGAGGACAAACAGCACUUUAUCCCCUUCGUGCAAGUGGCAGCCGAGAAUGAUUUUCUUCACAGCUUGAUCAAGAAAGUCACUGAAGCCAAAGACAUAAACCACAAAGGACAAGGGCUCUGGGUGUCCAUUAAGAUGCUGAACUGGGACCUGAAGCAGCUUCAGCAGGAGCAGCCUCAUCUAUUGGACCGGGGUGCCGUGGUGGCACGGAAGAUGGGCUUCCCUGAGAUCAUCAUGCCAGGGGAUGUGAGGAACGAUAUCUACGUGACACUGGUUCAGGGCGAGUUUGACAAGGGUAACAAAACCACCCAGAAGAACGUGGAGGUGACCAUGGUGGUGUGCAGUGAGGAAGGGGAGGUGAUCUCUGAUGCUAUCUCGCUGGGUACAGGAGACAGGAAUGUGAGCGAGUUCCAGUCUACGGUCUUUUACCAGUUGAAGCACCAGCACUGGAUGGAGACAGUCAAGGUAACCAUCCCUAUUGAAGAUGUUCAAAAGACUCACCUGAGAUUCACCUUCAAGCACCGGCCCUCAAGUGACUCCAAAGACAAGGCUGAGAAGAAGUUUGCAAUGGCGUUUGUGAGGCUGAUGAGGCCAGAUGGGACCACUCUGCAGGAUGGCGAACAUGACCUGAUUCUCUACAAGGGCGACAGCAGGAAACUGGAGGACAUCAACGUGUACAGAAACCUCCCAUCCACCAGGAGCAACGGUGAGCAGCAGAGCCGGCACUCCAUGGUCUCCACCAUGAAGGGAACCCUGGGAGGGGCCAGCGGGCUGAGCAGCAGCAAGGACAGCUUCCAGAUCGCCACUCUCAUCUGCUCCACCAAGCUCACCCAGAACGUGGACCUCCUAGGCCUGUUGAAAUGGCGUUCAAACCCGAGCCUGCUGGAGCAGAACCUGAGGAAGUUGAUGGAGGUGGAGGGAGGGGAGGUGGUGAAGUUCCUGCAGGACACUCUGGAUGCCCUCUUCACUAUAAUGAUGGAAAACGCUGAGACUGACACCUACGACUGCCUGAUCUUUGAUGCACUGGUUUUUAUCAUCAACCUGAUCGCUGAUAAGAAGUUCCAGCACUUCAAUGCAGUCCUGGAGACCUACAUCUGCCUGCACUUCAGCGCCACCCUCGCCUACAAGAAGCUGAUUGUGGUGCUGACGAGCUACCUGGAGCAAAGCAGCAAAGAGGAGCCCAACGAGAAGAUGAUGGUCACCUUCAAGGGGCUGGAGUACAUCUUCAAGUUCAUCAUGCGCUCGCGCAGCCUUUUCGCCAAGCUGUACGAAGGGAAGGAGGAAGCAGAGUUUGAGCUUUCUAUCCAGAAGUUCUUCCAGGCGCUGAACGCAGUGAUGAGUUCCACAAUGGAGGGCUCCCACAUCCUGGCACAGGGGUACGCUCUGAGGUAUGUGCCAACAAUACUGCAGGAUCUGGCUAAGAUAUUCGACCCUGCACUGCUAAGUCACCUGCUGAAGGGCUUCAUCCUGAGCCUGCCCCCAAACAGACUGGAGAAACAGAAGCUGCAGUCUCUCACAGCCAUGGUCAACAGCCAGAUCUUCCACAGGCCAGAGUGCAGAGAUGCCCUGCUGCCCAUGAUGAUUGAGGAGCUGAAGACGCUAAUAUUCAACGGGUCAGAGGAAGAGACCUGCAUUGACCUGCUGAGCAACAUCUUGGAGGUCCUGCACAGGCCUGACAUGGGGAAGGUGCGUGGACACAUUCAGCUGAUCCUGAAGAAUCUGCUUCGAACCGUCAACCAGCGUGUGAUGAUGCUGGGCCAGGAGCACGAGCUGAGCAGUCACUAUGUGGCGUGCAUGACAGCAAUCCUCAGCCACAUGGACGAUUCCCACUACAGAGAUUAUAUCCAGUCCUUCACCAAGCACCCCAGGACCCAGGACCUCAUGGACUUCCUGAUGGAAACCUUCAUCAUCUUCAAGGACCUGAUUGGGAAGACAGUCUACCCCUCUGACUGGAUGGUGAUGACCAUGGUCCAGAACAGGGUGUUCUGCAGAGCAAUCAAGCAGUUUGCUGAGACUCUCACCCAGAAUUUUCUCCAUGGAUCCAGUUUUGAACUGCAGCUCUGGAACAACUACUUCCACCUGGCCGUAGCCUUUCUCACCCAGAAGUCUUUGCAGCUGGAAAACUACUCCCAGGUGAAGCGUUCCGCCAUCCUGUACAAGUAUGGUGAUAUGCGAGAAGCUCUGGGUGCUUCAAUCAGGGACAUGUGGUGCAAUCUGGGGCAGCACCAGAUCUCCUUCAUCCCUGACCUCGUGGGCCCGAUCCUGGAGAUGACGCUGGUGCCGCAUGUGGAGCUGCAGCGCUCUACCAUUCCGCUGUUCUUCGACAUGAUGCUGUGCGAGUACAGCCUCACCACCAAGUUCAGCUCGUUCGAAGACGAGAUCAUCAAGAAGCUGGACAGCGAGGUGGAGGGAGGCCGGGGGGACGAGCAGUACAAGCAGCUCUUCCAGAAAACCCUCCUGGACUGCUGCAAAAAGUACCCCCACCUGGCCCAGCCCUGUCAGCGCUUUGUUGCCAUGGUGACAGGGCUGAUGGAGCGGCUGCUUGACUACAGGGCGGUGAUGUACGAUGAGAACGAGGCCUACCGCAUGAGGUGCACCGUCAACCUGCUGAAUUUCUACAAAGAGAUAGACAGACAGGAAAUGUACAUCCGAUACCUGCACAAGCUCCGGGACCUGCACCUGCGCUACGAGAACUACACUGAGGCAGCCUUCACCCUGCUGCUGCAUGCCAAGCUGCUGAAGGCUUACAAGAGCCUCUACAGCAAGAUCAUUGACUACUUUGACAAGGGCAAGAUGUGGGAGGAGGCGAUCAUGCUGUGUAAGGAGCUGGCUCAACAGUACGAGAGCGAGCUGUUUGACUACGAGAUGCUGAGCGCCAACCUGCAAAUACAGGCCAAGUUCUUCCAGAACUCUUCUCGGUACUGCCGACGAGGCCGACCCCUCAUCCGAAGUUCCCUCAACUACGUCCCUGAUGCCGGUCCCCAAGGGUGGAAAGGAGGCUCAUGCCUCCCCCAGACAGGGGAUUCAGAGGUACGUAAAAACGUGGUAAAAAUAAAACAUUUUAAUAAUGCGUCCCAAAAUUUGACGGAUAACAAGAAAUUCAUGGGGUACUACGGCCAGGGGUUCCCCACCUUCCUCCGAAACAUGAUCUUCAUCCACCGUGGGAAGGAGUACGAGAGGAGGGAGGACUUUGAGCUGCAGCUCAUGACUCAGUUCCCCAGUGCUGAGAAACUCAAGACCACAUCGCCCCCUGGGGACGAUGUGAAGAACUCCCCCGGACAGUAUAUCCAAUGCUUCACUGUUCAGCCAAUCCCGGUGGAAAACAACCUGUUUAAGAACAAGUGUGUCCCCGAUCAGAUCCUCGAUUUCUACAAAGCCAAUAAAGUUCAGAACUUCACCUACUCUCGGCCAGUUAGGAAGGGACCUAAAGACCCAGAGAACGAGUUUGCGACCAUGUGGAUCGAGCGAACCACCUUCAGCACGGCUUACAGACUGCCGGAUAUCCUGCGCUGGUACAAGGUGACCAGCAUGUGUGAGAUCACUCUGAGUCCGCUGGAGAACGCCAUUGAGACGAUGCAGUCGGCCAACGAGAAGAUCCUGACUAUGAUCAAACAGCAGAAGAGCGACCCCUCGCUCUCCAUCAACCCGCUCUCCAUGCUGCUCAACGGCAUCGUGGACCCAGCCGUCAUGGGAGGCUUCGCCAAGUACGAGAAGGCAUUCUUCACUGAAGACUACAAGCAGAAGCACCCUGAAGACCAGGAGAAAAUCCUCAAGCUGCAGGACCUCAUCGCCUGGCAGAUCCCUCUGCUGGCUGAUGGAAUCCACAUCCACGGGCAGAAAGUGACGGGAGACCUGAAACCCUUCCAUGAGCGUAUGGAGGAGUGCUUCAUCCAGCUCAGGGCCAAGGUGGAGAGCCAGUAUGGAGUGCGGCAGCUGCCAUUGUUUGAAGGUUCUCACAGCUCCCACCGUCGCUCCCUGAUGACCUCAUUCAGACCCAUGUCCACCAUCUCUAGCGGGUCGCUGGGGUCCUCCGGAUUUGACAAGGACAGCCUGGAGCUGCCCCUGCCGAAGAAGGGAAUCUCCAAGUCACAGGAGAAGUUGGAUGUGGAGGAGAAGAAGAGUGAGAAGAAAGAGAACAGGAACAGCCUGCUCUUCAUGUACCGGAAGAACGAUCGUCCGUCCGUCUCUGACACCACCGAGCACAGCAAGGAUGUGGGGGCGAAGAUGUCCCGGAACACUAGUGACAGUCUGCUAGAUAAGAUGGACGAGCAGAGACCAGCUCCUCAAGGCAAGACCAUCAGCUCCUCUCUCCCCACCAUAUCAGGAUUGCGGAAGAACAGUUUUGGGGGUCGAGUGAAGAGCGCCAAGCCCCCCCCUCUCCCCAAGAAGAUCAGCCCAACGGUGUAUGAGCAGUUCAGCCCCGACGCACCCCCAGACGCCACUUGCCCUGCCAGACGGGGCUCUGUCAAGUCUUCCAGCUCAUUGAGCCCUGUGAAGUCAAAGUCUCCACCCACUCCCCCACCCAAGGGCAAACGCCAGAGCCAAUAUUAGACAAUCAGAGCUUCUCAUCAGUGAAUCAAACCAAUCAGAGCUUCUCAUCAGUGAACCAAACCAAUCAGAGCUUCUCAUCAGCGAACCAAUAAGAUCACCUCUUUAACAAAUCAUUUCUUCUUUUUAUUAAACCAAUCAAAGUA